AUGACUGGUGCAUGGCAUCGAUUCCGAGUGGAAAAACCGCACCGCACGUCGCCCGCCCUAACUUAUGAGGUCCCACCGCAUCAGGCUAGCGUGUCUGUAGUUACAGCGACAAACGCCUGUUUACGGUGUAAACGAACCAAGAAGAAGUGCGACCGGUCGCUUCCAGAAUGUCUCUUAUGCCGAAAGGCCGGGGCUGGGUGUUCCUUUCCCACCGAAGCAGCCAGAACAACAGCUCAGUCUGCUCUACGCGCACGGGUCCAGUGGCUAUCGGCCUUUGUAGACUCUCUCCUACCUCCUAAUACGGCAUCAAUCUCCACGCUUGAUACUGGUGCCGAUCUAUAUGAGGCUACGGGGCUAUCAGUUCACGCACAGACUGACAGCCGGAUCCCGCUUGUGCCUCCCAACGAGGAUGGCGUGGAUUGCACCCGGGAGGAGCAUACAUUCAAUAAUACUCAUACCGACCAUCAUACAAUGACCAGCUCUUCUGUCGGAGAUUUGUGCAGCCCCGUCUUAUCGAACUCCCUGUCCUUGGCGCCAGCGCAGUCCCCAAUUGCCAACAACUGCGCUAGGUUUCCUCCACUUGGAAAUGUGUCACCUGGUAUAGACGGACUACGUCUCAUCCGGUCCUACUUUGACACUACACAUCUGUCGUAUCCGUUUUUGGAUCCUGUUAAAGUCAGUAGCGAAGCCGAAAAGGGCGUUGGGUUCUUUUAUUUUGGCGGAGGAGUCGAUAUUACCCCAGCAUCUACACGCCUUUAUCUGAUCAUGGUGAUCGGAUGUGAAAGAUUGUGGCGUUCCGGAAUGGUUUCCGACGAGGUCUUUAACAGAUUUCAGGUGCCUCGCCAAGAGAUUGUGCAAAUGUGUUUAAGCAGUCCCUGCAUCGAAUCUGCUGAAAACUUGCUCCUUCUUACUAUCUGCGCCCUCUUCGACCCACAUCCUGAUCCUCUCUGGAUGCUUGCUGGAAUACUAGGCCGGCUAGCUGUUUCAUUGGGUCUGAACCGCAGGCAAGAAAUUCCAGGAAUGAGCCUUCUCGAGGUUGAAUCUCGGCAUCGUUUAUUCUGGUCCAUCUUCUCGAUCGACAAUCUUAUAUCAAUCAUAUGCGGCUUACCUCUUGCAAUUCAAGAGGUUGACUCUAACCUACCACUCCCGGGCGUCACUACAGAGGAGUUUGCUGCGCCAGGGCAGGCUGAUCACAUCACGACCUUGCAAGUUGCUCGGCAGGCAAUUACACUUCGUCAGCUUGAAGGGAAAUGUUUGCAGGCAGUCCAUCUACGUAAGACACUGUUGCCUAGUUACCGAGAGAGACGAGCCACCAUAACAGAGCUCCGUGCUGCAGCAGAGAACUGGUACACGCAGGGCUGUUUCCUCGCCCGCCGAGAGUUGCACGAGGUGCACUUCCACAACAGCGUUAGCUGGCUCAAUGUGAACUAUCAUGGCAUCCUCAUUUUACUCUAUUGUCCGUCGUUCUUUAAUUCUCACCUCACCCCAAAUGACCUAAAUGAUCUACGCCAUGCAGUACGAAAGUAUGUCCAGAGUGCUCAUGUUCAGUUCCAGGACCGAGACCUAGCCUUGAACCAUACAACCCUUAGCAAGAUGCUGGUCAUUUGCCGGAUCUUGCUGCACUGUUACUUCCGAUGCGAAGGGACGGCAUCAUUCCUAGACGAGCAGCAAGCCACCGUGCUGCAGUGUAUUGGUAUUCUUGAGGCCUUUCCCACCAGGUGGCUCAUUGCCAAAAGGAGUUGCACUGUGUAUAAACGCUUCUCGAUCAUUCUUCAACGACAACGCAGCCAUUUUACAAAUGAGCUUGCCGAAAAUACACAAUCCGCGGUCUUCGGGCCGUUUCCUUUUCCUGCCCACUCUAAGCUAGCUGCUAUUGCCAGAUGCCCUACAGAUGAUUCCGUGCAGAACAUCGCCUCGGAACAGACCGAGACCAAUAUCCACGUUGUGUGUGAUGACACAGAGUUGCUUCUGCAGGAGGUAUUAGGUGUUUCAAGCAUCUACAACUAUUUUUCGGGGGAGCCGCGAACAUGGCCGGAGCAAUGA